AUGAAGGUGUCGUUUGGGUUAGCACUGGAGUAUACCAGGAUGUACUCUCCACAGCUGCUUGCCACGGUGUUUUGUAGUAUACUAUUCCUAUUCACCGAGUUCAAGCUGGUACCGCGACUGGAGAACAAGAGGUUCAGGUUGGACGAUAAGAGCAUUGGAAAGAGCCACAUCAGCAAUGAGUUGAUCUCGGGGUUUGAAGUCAUCACAAUGAGUGCACUUAUAAGUGGCCUUAUUGUUGUGUGGUUCUGCACAUUUGGCAAAGACUCACUUAGAAAGUUCCAUGGGAAUUGGACAAAUAUGAAGCCAGAGAGCUCGUCCACUAGAGGCCACUUCUUCUUCAUCAGUGUUCUAUGCCUGUACCUAAUCCUAUCACUCAAUGGUGCCGUUACUGGUUGUUUGAAGCUGGUUAUCGGUAACUUCAGACCUGAUUUCAUAGCUCGCUGUGAACCAGCCUUGGAUAAAGCCAGCGACCUCACAAAGUAUUACGGCCUGGAUAUAUGUCAACAACAGAACAAAAGGUUGCUGUAUGAGGGUUUGAAGAGUACACCAAGUGGGCACUCCAGUUUCAUUACAAGUGGACUAGGGUUUGCAUACUACUGGCAGAAACAAUUUGUGUCAAGUCAUCACACUAGACACAUAUGGUGCAUAGUACUGAUUCUUCUGGUCAUGAUGUCUAGGAUAACCGACCAUCGCCACCACUGGUACGACGUGGUAUCCGGCUGUAUCAUCGGAAUAGCUAUGAUAGCUGCCAGCUGGAGAUGGGUAUUCAGUCCACGCUCCUCUACAUAUGAACUACCAGCAUAA